AUGGCUUAUUAUACUUACCAACGUUAUAAAAACCGUAAUAUUUCAAAAAUAAAUCAAAAUGAGGACCGGUGGACAAAUAUGGGAGAAUCGUCCAUUCUUCAACCUAUUAGAUCAGCUUUAGACCUUUCUUCGUCAACAUGGGAUCAAUGUAAUUCACUUGUUCCUCAACAAGUUCAUAGUAUAAUGAGUUAUACGGGUCCAACUAGAGAUUUAAGUUGGAACAGUUUCAUUCUUUUUCCAUUAUUAAUUUAUCCAGUAUAUUUCCUUCUUACAAUUCCCACAACAGUAGUUACUUUUCUCAUAUUAUACUUUCCAAUGGUCUGUAAAUUUGAAUAUGCGCUUUGGAAAAGUUAUAUUGGAAUUAAUGCACGAUACAACUUUACAUCAUUUGUAACUACAGUAACAGGGUCCAUUCUCAUACCGUUACUUGUAUUAAUAGGAGACGUAGUGUUUUUCUGCGCAGUACUCUGUGCAAGUACCGGUGCAGUUUUUAUGGUGAUGUUUAGAUCAUUUGACGAAGGACUUGCAUAUUGCAAUAGAGUAGCAAUGGGUGUACCAGAAGCCUACUUAGAAAUGAUUUUAAAUGAAUAG